AUGAAAAAAGGAAGAGUGAUAGUAGUAAGCAAUAGACUGCCUUUGAAAGUGGCUUUGGAAAAUGGUGAAUAUACUUACUCGCCAACUUCUGGGGGCUUAGUUACGGGUCUGAACUGUGCAAAAGAAGCUUUAAACUUUCUCUGGGUAGGUACUUUAGAUGGUAUUCCCCAAGAAGAUCAAGAACAGGUCAAAAAGACAUGUAUUGAAAAGUACGAAUUCUACCCGAUUUUCAUUGAUACGGAUUUAUACCACCGAUAUUACAACAAUCUUUGUAAUGGUGUUCUUUGGCCUAUUUUACACUCAUUUGCUGAUUUGGUCUCUUUUGACACUGAAGACUAUUUGGCCUAUAAACAAGUCAAUCACGUCUUUCUUAAAGAACUCACGAACAUGCUACAACCUGAUGAUGCCGUCUGGGUGCACGACUACCACCUCAUGCUUCUACCAGCAAUGCUAAGGGACUCCGUCCCGCUUAGUAUUCGGAUUGGAUACUUUCUGCACAUUCCCUUUCCAGUUGUGGCUGUCUUGAAGGGCUUUCCUUUACUACGCCCUCUUUUAAAUGGAAUGUUAGGUGCCGAUCUGAUUGCAUUUCAUACUUUUGAAUAUGCUGGUAACUUCCGUAAUGCCUGUGCUAUCUUUAACAAAGAGGUUGUGUUUCCCUUUGCGCUUAAACAUAAGGAUCGUACUGUUUCAGUCGAGGCCUUUCCGAUUGGCAUCGAUCCUAGUAUCUUCCUGUGCGAGUCGUUGAAGGAGAAGACUAAGGAAAGAGCGGCUGCACUGAAGAAGAAGUUCGGUGAUCGGAAAAUCAUUCUGGGUAUUGAUCGAGUUGAUUAUAUAAAAGGUAUUCCCCAUCGAAUUAAGGCAUUUUCUAAGCUCCUACAGAACCGGCCUGAUCUGCAAAACAAGGUUGUCUUUUGCCAGGUAGGUGUUCCUAGUCGAACUGAUGUACGGGUUUACGAAAUGCUUUCUAAUGUACUUUGUCGUUUAAGUGGGUCUUUAAACUCACUUGGUACUAUUGAGGAGACCAGUUUGUACUUCAUCAAUAACUCAGUCUCUUUUUCAGAGCUUUGUGCCCUCUAUGUAGCUUCUGAUGUUUGUGUUAUUUCAUCCCUACGUGAUGGGAUGAAUUUAGUCUCCUUGGAGUUUGUAGCUUGUGCUGGUUCGGGGGCCUUAAUCAUGAGUGAGUAUGCCGGAGCC